AUGUCCGCCUCCUUCAAGAUCACCGAUCGCCUCCCCCUCCCGAACUCGAGUGUCCGCAUCCCGCGCCUCGGCUUCGGCGUCUACCGCUCCCCCACCAACCAGUGCGUGCAGUCCUGUCUGAAGGCAUUGGACGCAGGCUACCGACACAUCGAUACGGCACAGUUCUACGCCAACGAGGCGGAAGUCGGCGAGGCACUGCGCACCACCAGUGUCCCAAGAGAUCAGAUCUUCGUUACAACCAAGAUCCUCAGCCCCGCAGCUUCGGUCGAGGCUACCUAUGAUAAAUUGCUGGCUUCCGUCCACAAGAUUGCUGGCGCUGACGGAUAUGUCGACUUGUUCUUGAUUCACUCCUCCAGCUCUGGCUCUUCUGGGCGGAAGCUUUUGUGGCAGGCGCUUGAGAAGCUGUACGCGGAGGGCAAGACGAAGAGUAUCGGUGUUAGCAACUUCGGUGUGGGGCACAUUGAGGAGAUGCGCUCAUAUGCCCAAGUGUUCCCGCCUCAUGUUAAUCAAAUCGAGCUCCACCCUUGGUGCCAGCAGCGCGUCAUCAAUGAAUACUGCCGGAAGAACGGCAUUAUCGUCGAGGCGUAUUCGCCCCUCGUACGAAACUAUAAAGCGAACGACCCAACACUAGUGGAAGUGGCAAAGAACUACGGCAAGUCCACUCAGCAGGUCUUGAUCCGCUAUGCGCUGCAGAAGGGCUGGGUGCCUCUGCCCAAGACCGACCACCCCGAACGAAUUGUGUCCAAUGCGGGUGUGUUCAACUUCGAUCUCAGCGUGGAGGAUAUGGCUGUGCUGGAUUCCCUCGACCAGGGCAGUGCCGGCGCUAUCGUGGAGGCCGUGGACAACGAAUGA